GGACAACUCCGCGGAAGUGGGAGCAGGUACCUGUCAAAUUCAGAGGGCCGCAGUCUCUGGUCAUCCCCUGCACUGUGUCCGCAGUCUCUGGUCAUCCCCUGCACUGUGUCCGCAGUCUCUGGUCAUCCCCUGCACUGUGUCCGCAGUCUCUGGUCAUCCCCUGCACUGUGUCCGCAGUCUCUGGUCAUCCCCUGUACUGUGCCUGCAGUCUCUGGUCAUCCCCUGUACUGUGCCUGCAGUCUCUGGUCAUCCCCUGUACUGUGUCUGCAGUCUCUGGUCAUCCCCUGUACUGUGUCUGCAGUCUCUGGUCAUCCCCUGUACUGUGUCUGCAGUCUCUGGUCAUCCCCUGUACUGUGUCUGCAGUCUCUGGUCAUC